AUGAGCGACUACAGCGUCAAGACCGUCCCGACCAAGGCCUACCAGGACCAGCGCCCCGGUACCUCUGGCCUCCGCAAGCGCGUCCCCGUCUUCAAACAGGAGAACUACACCGAGAACUUUGUCCAGUCGAUCCUGUCGUCCAUCCCCGGCGGGCCCAAGGGCACGACGCUCGUCGUCGGCGGCGACGGCCGCUACUACAGCGAGGAGGUGACGCAGAAGAUCAUCCAGCUCGCGGCGGGCAACGGCGUGUCCAAGCUCGUCAUCGCGCGCGACAUCAUCUUCUCGACCCCGGCCAUCUCGCACGAGAUCCGCGCGCGCAAGGCGACCGGCGGCAUCCUCCUGACGGCGAGCCACAACCCCGGUGGACCCAACGCGGACUUUGGCAUCAAGUACAACAUGGACAACGGCGGUCCCGCCCCCGAGUCGGUCACGGACGCCAUCUACGAGUCGAGCAAGACCAUCACCGAGUACAAGCUCGUCGACCUGCCCGCCGUCGACCUGUCCAAGCUCGGCGAGACCAAGGCCGGCCCGCUCUCGAUCGAGGUCAUCGACGCCGUCAAGCCCUACGUCGCGUUCCUCAAGACCAUCUUUGACUUUGACGCGAUCAAGAGCUACGUCCAGAAGGACGACGUCUCGGUCCUGUUUGACGGCCUGUCGGGCGUCACGGGCCCGUACGCGCGCGACAUCUUUGUCGACGAGCUCGGCCUCGACGAGUCGGCCAUCCAGAACUGCGAGCCGUCGCCCGACUUUAACGGCGGCCACCCGGACCCCAACCUGACGUACGCCCACUCGCUCGUCGAGGUCGUCGAGAAGAAGCAGAUCACGUUUGGCGCCGCGUCGGACGGCGACGGCGACCGCAACAUGAUCUAUGGCGCCGGCGCGUUCGUCACGCCCUCGGACUCGGUCGCCAUCAUCGCCGACUGGGCCGAGUGCAUCCCGUACUUCAAGGAGGGCGGCGUCAAGGGCCUCGCGCGCUCGAUGCCGACCUCGACCGCGCUCGACCGCGUCGCCAAGGCCAAGGGCAUCGAGUACUUCGAGGUCCCGACCGGCUGGAAGUUCUUCGGCAACCUCAUGGACGCCGGCCGGCUGUCGAUCUGUGGCGAGGAGUCGUUCGGCACGGGCUCGGACCACAUUCGCGAGAAGGACGGUCUGUGGGCGGUCGUCGCAUGGCUCAACAUCCUCGCGGCGGCCGAGGACAAGGGCAUCAAGGGCAUCAAGGGCCUCCUCCUUGACCACUACUCGAAGUACGGGCGCACCUUCUUCUCGCGCUACGACUACGAGGAGGUCGAGUCGGACGCGGCCAACAAGGUGAUCGCCGAGCUCGAGCAGGCGUUCAAGGGCGACGGCUUUGUCGGCUCGUCGCUGUCGGCCACGUCGUCGUCGAGGUCGUUCAAGGUGGCCGAGACGGGCAACUUCACCUACACGGACCCGAUCGACCACUCGGUGUCGAAGAACCAGGGCCUGUACGUCACGUUCGACGACGGCUCGCGCUUUGUCGUGCGCCUGUCGGGCACUGGGUCGCAGGGCGCGACGAUCCGCCUGUACGUCGAGAAGUACAGCAGCGACGAGAAGGAAUACGACGCCGACACGCAGGAGGGCCUCAAGCCCCUCAUCGAGGUCGCGCUCAAGCUCUCCAAGCUCGUCGAGCACACGGGCCGCAAGGAGCCGACCGUCAUCACUGCUGUUCUACCGUCCUGCUGGUCCGCCACGAGGACUUCGUGUUCGUCCCUCGUUCCUCCGUUUCCUUCUCCCUUCCCGGCAAGCCUGACCCUAACCCUCACUUCCUCGCCACGCAGCGACUAUCCCGAGCUCGUCGAGGCGUACUGGAAGCGCGACGACGUUCCGCACCACGAGCGCCACCCGUGGGGCAGCAAGGAGCUCAUCGAGGGCAAGAAGCAGUACGACGAGAAGCUCGCUGCGGCCGCGAAGGAGGAGGCUGAGCGCAAAGCGGCGGCAGCGGCGGCGGCGCCGGUUGUCGAGGACGAGCCUGAGGAGCCCUCGUCGCCCGAGAGCGAGGGACCGACGAUGAGCGAGGAGGAGGAGGAGGAGUAG